GUCGCAAUAACAUGAUCGUGUCUCGGGUCUCGGGACUCGGGACGUCUAAUGCGAUCAGUAGAGAGUCUCGAAUUUCAUUGUCGGGAGUUCAUAAGUCGCGAGUUCUCAUUGUGUCUUUCUUGUGCAAUGAUCUCAGGAACCUUCAGCUCAAAGUGACUGUCUCGAUAGAACCGUUGGGCAGCAGGCAGCAGCUCACACCUGUUCCGGACCCGGGCGUUCGAAUCUUAGAUCUGCGCCCCCGCGAGCGCUCUGAGAAGAUCAACUCGGCUCAGUCGGGAGAAAGACAACGGAACUGCUCCCAAGCAAAGAUGCCACCAUCCAUCGCGAAGAAGAAAUCAACGACGAAGACAACGACAUCAACGAAAACGACGAAGGAUGAGAGCGUUAGAUGCCCUCACGAAUAUUGUGGGAAAAUCCUCAAAAACAAAUGGAACAUGCGAGUGCAUUUGCUCAGACACGAUGGGGAGCGCCGACACUCUUGCACUUUGUGUCCCAAGAAGUUUUUCACCGGCUGCGAUCUCAAAGCUCACACACGUGCCCAUAAAGGGGAGAAACCCUAUGUCUGCUCUGUUUGUUCGAUGGGCUUCGCCGCAAAAUCGAAUCUCACCGUUCACUUACGUUUCCACACCGGAGAAACGCCGUAUGCGUGCAGGGAGUGUCCAGCGAGCUUCAAGAUCAAGUCUCACUUGAAUGACCAUCUACGCUGCCACACCGGGGAGCGGCCUUUCCCUUGUACUCAAUGCGCGUCGAGUUUCUCCACCUCGUCCAGUCUACGCUCUCAUCUGCUCAUACACAAUGACAAACGCUUCCGUUGUGAUGAGUGCAGGUUGAGUUUCUGUCGGAAAGCCGAGCUCAAGAGUCAUAAAGCAAGGCACGCCGAGAAAAAGCCUUUCGCUUGCACAGAAUGCGAUAGAACUUUCAAAGCGCCUGCGCUUCUUGAGGUGCAUAAACGAGUGCACUCCGGAGAGAGACCUUACGUUUGCAAAACUUGCGGGAAAAGUUUCGUGCGCGUAUCAGGUUUGGAGAGCCACUCUAUCGUUCACAGUGGGGACAGACCUUAUUCAUGCCCGGUCUGUGCGAAAACAUUUGCCAGGAAGCAAUACCUCAAAAUCCACGGUAGGACACACGAUAAAGGGGACGACCAAUCCACGUCAUCCGCCAAUGACGAGCAAUAAUCCGCAUGUAUUCUUUAACUUGUUGUAAUUUGUGACCUGUAGAGCUGACUUUAUCUAUGUUUUUAU